AUGGACGAAGUUAAGAAAUUGUGUGGCGAAUUUCUGGUGGAAACGUUGGAUCCGUCUAACUGCUUGGAACUGCGAGCAUUUGCCGACACUUAUGCCUGUCCGGAACUCCGCAGCACUGCUGAUGAGUAUAUCUUGCAUAAUUUCCAGAACGUUGUUGAUACUGAAGAAUUCCAACACCUUUCUGUUGACGAACUAGUUGACUGGUUUCAAGUGAAGUGA